GCUCUGGGGCUUCAGGCUCGUGGCUCUGGGGUCUGGGCUCAGGGCUCUGGGGCUCUGGGGCUCUGGGCUCUGGGGCUCAGUGGCUUCAGUGGCUCUCGGGGUCUGGGCUCUGGGGUCUGUGGCUCUGGGCUCUGGGGCUUGGGCUCUGGGGUCUGGGGGCUUCAGGGCUCUGGGGCUCUGCUGGGGCCUGGGCUCUGGGCUCUGGGGCUCGGGGGCCUGGGGUCGUCUGGGGCUUCGGGGCUCUCAGGGGCUCUGUGGCCUGGGGCCUCAGGGCCUGUGGCCUGGUGGCCUCGGGGGCUUGGGUGGCUCUGUGGCCUAGGGCUCUGUGGGCCUGGGGCCUGUGGCCUCAGUGGCCUGGCUCCGGGGGCUCAGGGCUUGUGGCCUGUGGCUCUAGGGUGGCUUGCCUGGGUCUGGGGUCCGCGGGGCUCUGGGGCCUGGGGCUCUGGGGUCUGGGGUCUGCUGGGGUCUGUGGCUCAGGUCUGGGGCCUAGGGCCUGGGCUCGGGGGCCUGUGGCCUGGGCUCUGGGGGCUCUCAGGGCCUCAGGGCUCAGUAGGGCUUCCAGGGCCUGGGCGCUCUGGGACUGUGGGCCUGUGGCCUGGGGCCCGGGGUCUGGGGCUCUGCCCAGGGUCUGGGGCCUGGGGUCUGGGGCCUAGGGCUCUGGGCUCUGGGCCAGGCCUGUGGCCUGUGGCCUGUGGCCUGUGGCCCAGGGCUCCAGGGCCUAGGCCUCAGGGCCUCGGGCCCAGGCCUCAGGGCCUUGACCCGGCCCAGGGCCCAGGCCUAGGCCUGGGCCUGUGGCCUGGUGGCCAGUGGCCUGGGCCUGGUGGCCUAGGCCCAGGGCCUGGCCAGGCCUCGGCCUGUGGCCUAGGGCCUAGGCCUCGGCUGGCCUCAGGGCUCAGUGGCCUGCGGCUCAGUGGCCCUGGGCUCUGUGUGGCCUCUGGGCUCAGUGGCUCAGGGCUGGGCUCAGGCUCAGGCUCAGUGGCCUGUGGCCCCAGGCCUGUGGCCUGUGGCCUGGCCUGUGGCCUAGGCCCAGGGCCUGGCCUCGGGGCCUGGGCUCAGGCUCAGGCUCAGGCCUUGGGCUAG